AUGUCUCCGGAAACAACACCAUCAUCGUUUUUUGAAAUAUUCCCAGCCUCAGAAAUAUUAUUGGAAUCCUGUCAGAAAAAAACAAAAAUUCCUGAGGUAAACGAUUACGUCGUAGUCAAACUCUUGGCCCAACGGAGCGUCAAACAUUACGUUGCCGUUAUUAUCUCUAAAACUGAAGACGAAAUUGUAGCCAAGUUCAUGAGGAAGUCUCUUGGAAAUAAGUUUUCUUUUCCCUCUAUUGAUGAUAUUGCCAAUAUUGAGUUGCAUGAGGUUGCUGAAAUUUUAAGUCAACCUGCAAUCAAUAACAGGCAACAGUAUACUUUCAAUAUUGAUUUUUCGAAGUAUAAAAAUAUUAACACCAAAUUUUUGAACGGCACCAUAUUCGUCGAUGUAGGCAAAACUCACCCAAAACUUAUAUUUGAUGGCUACGAGUACGCUUUUGAACAGAGAACACUUCAGGAGACCCAUUGGAGGUGCAGCAAUUAUCUAGAAUCAUUUUCAGAUGUAGUUUACUACAAGUUUGGCUACAAACAUCCAAAAAUAAUCUUCGAAGGCGUAGACUACCGAAUAGAUUUCAAGUCGGCAGGAAAAACUUCUUGGAGGUGUAGCUACUACUACAGAACAAAAUGUAGAGCCAAGUUGUUUACUGCUGGCAAUAUCGUCAAUGUUCUUGGAGAACACAAUCAUGAACAUAGAAAGGAUUUGUAUCCUACGGAUUAUACUAAUUCACAAAAGGUUACUGUACUUCGUGAAACGAAGGUGAAGCCUUUGUGGUGA